CGUCCGCGAUGAUCUACCAAAGGUCCCGGCCCCCCGUGUCACCUUCCAUUACCCGGCUUUACCAGAAAUCAAGCUAUGCUAUACGAUUACCUUCGGUGCCCUGGCAUACGGUAUUUUUUGCAUCUACCAGGCUAGCAAGAAAUUUGUCUGGAAUGUCGGCGACUAUGCUGUGCUCAGUAGUCUACCAUUUAUAGGACCAGUAAUGAAAGUGAGUCGCUGGGAAUGGGUGAAUUGGUCGCCGUUUGCAUGGCAAUAUCUACCUGUAUUCUUAGGGCAUACUAUUGUUUUCAAUCUUGGGUCCAAAUUCCUGCCUGAAACUGUAUUUACUAUAUUCUACACGUUAUGCAGCAUUGCUGCAUGCGUAUAUUACUUUACACCAUUCCUGGUAACGGUCUCACUUAUUCAAGGAACUGUGAUGUUUUUGGCCUGCCAAUAUUUUAGAAAAACUACAGUAUGGAUCUCAUCACUGCCUCUUCUCUACUAUAUGAUGCACGAAACAACGAAAUUCUCAGCCAACCCUUUCUUCAUCUAUACCUUUGUCUCCUACAGUAUGCUCAGCUAUGUUUCCUACAAUAUCGAUACGAUCAACGGAGCUGGGCGUAAAGAAGACGACACAAUGCCGAAGCAGUACUUGCGCAUGAUGUUCUACACAUUCUAUCAGCCCUACCUCUACUCUCUGAUUGUG